AUGCUGAUGAUGAUGUGGACUAUGUUCAAGAAGAAGUUUCUGGCAGUUCAGUACAUAAUUAUGACUUUAUUUGAAAAUACUACUCUUCUGAUAGAUUCAGAAGAGGAGAGCAGGUGUCCAAGCACUUCAGCAGCAAGUAAUCCUGUCGAUAUUGUGCCUGAGGAACGAGCGAGACUGACGGCAAGGGGGAAGCCGAGACCUUUUAGACCAGAACAGUGCAUCUCUAGAAUUUUUUUCAUAUUUCCUGACAGACAGUAUGAUGAAACAUAUAAAGGAAAAACUAAUCUGUAUGCUCAACAAUGCAUCAGGAAAUUACAAAGCACAAAUUCCCUUUCACCCACCUGCUCAUUGUCAAAGUGUAAAGGAGUUACACUUAUGGAAAUAAGGAAGUUUCUGGCAAUUGUAGUCCAUAUUUGCGUAAGUGUGAGGCCACGUAUAGGAGAGCACUGGUCCAAGAACCCUGUUGUGUCGUUUAAGAGGAAAGGAGAAACUGGCUAUGACCCACUGCACAAGGUGGGACCCCUCCUAGAUAAUGUGUGUGCUAAUUUCCAGUGUGCAUAUACACUAUCUCAAAAAAUUACAAUAGAUGAAGGCAUGUGUAAAUUUAGAGGUCAUGUGUAUUUCAAACAGUACAUGCCACAAAAACCAAAUAAAUAUAGUAUGAAACUGUACAUGUUAUCAGAAUCUGACACAGGUUACAUCUGGAAUUUCUCUGUUUAUGCGGGUGAAAGGUCUGACACAGUGGCUCUGGUAAAGACAUUGCUUGCAAAACUGUCAGGAAAAGGCUACACUUUGUUUACAGACAGAUUCUACACAAGUCCAAUACUUGCUUCAGAACUGGAAGCUGCAAAAACUGCUCUUGUGGAAACAACAAGAAAAUCUCAGCAGGGAUAG